AUGUCUGCUCGGAUGGCCGAGCCGCUCAAGGCCUUGCAGGUUGAGAUGGAAGCACCUGCCUCAAGUGUGCGGGUACAAGGUAUCGCCAAAAUGAUGGAGGCGCGGGCGGCUGAUGAUGCUGGUUUAUUUGACGGCGGCCCCCAUCCCGCCAGCAAUCCCAUCCCGAACCGUAUAAAGUUUUAUAACUCCCACCUCGGCCCGGAUCCUUCACCAUCGACACGCUCCCUUUUGGCAAGCAGAGGUCAUCGUGCUGCUUGGGCGGACGCAGAAAACAAGGUCUUCAAAACCGGCGCAGCCACCGGCACCACAUACGGCAAACUAUCCACCAUCCAAGCUGACUUCCGCUUCACGCGGGAGUUCCCCGAUGCCGCGCUCGUCUCGUUUGUAUCCACGGGGCUCGUCGUCGUCGACGAGACGCCCGACAACCGCUUUGCCAGCCACGGCGACUCCGGCGCCGUGAUCCGCGACGGCAGAGCCAAGAUGCUCGGCGUGGUGUGGGCGGGGGUCGGACCUGGUCGCGAAGACUACGGCGACCUCGCUUUGAUUGGCGCGAGUCACUGGUCCCUGCGGCUCUCGACCAUCACGCUGUGUCUCCCCAUGGGGCCGUUCCUGCGAGCGAUGAAGGCCGAGGUCGACAAGGCGUUGCCGGGCCAAAAUGCGAGGCUUUUCCCGCUGCCUAACUCUUUUGGGCCCGGCAUUUAG